AGAGAGGGGCAAGGUAUAAAACUAAUGCAAUGGCGCUAGCGCCAUAUCAAAUCGCACCCGAAUGGUGCACGCAAUGGUAAGUAGUAUCAUCAGAUCCCAAGGUUUUCGACAACUUCGAAUUAGCUUUUCGCUUGGGUUCCCCGCAGAGGAUGUUGCUUGUCAUUUGGCUCCUUGUGGGGGCAUUCGUUGCGACAGCGACGGCCGUUGGGCCGGCAGCAACAUCCCCGGUGGAGCAGCUGGCGAACGUUCACUACGCCGGGAAGGAUGACCCCGUCACGGUGACGACCCACAUCGAGAAUGCGGCGGGUGACAAGCUGGACUUUAACGGUGAUCACUUCUUCGGCCGGGACCAGGAGGCGCACGACUACAACCGGCAGGCACACCUGAAGCUGGAGUACGUCCGCAACCAAGAUCCGCAGCUGCGGCGCUUCCUGGGCAAGUCGAUCGUGAAGCGCCAGGCGGAUUUCCCAUACCCGCCGGCCGUUUAUCCACCGACGCAUUACGAGCCUCCGACCACCACCACCACCACCACCACGACAACUACGGAACCUCCCACAACAACGACGACGACAACUACGGAACCUCCAACAACAACAACCACGACGACUCCAGCACCGACGGAACCUCCAACGCUGCCACCAACAACACCGGGAGUUCCUCACGAAGUGUACGGACUUCCUGGCUCGACCGAAGCACCCUGCCCGGGUGGUGUUGACUGUGUCUUUUCACAACUCCCACCCCUACCGGAGCUGGUAUAUCCGGUACCUCCAGUACCUCCAGUUCCUUUGCCAAUGCCGCAGGAACCAGUAGUAGCUCCGCCGCCAGUACUCUGUACCGAUGUGCAACCGGUAGUUCCAGUCGUAGGAGGUCCCGUUCCUUCCCAAGAGCCACUGUACAGUUUGAAUGAGCUUGUGGGUGUGCUGCUUGAUGUCCCUCCCGUCCCAGAGGUCCCCACUGUCCCGGAGGUCCCCGCCGUCCCAGAGGUCCCCGCCGUCCCAGAGGUCCCCACUGUCCCAGAAGUCCCCACCGUUCCAGAGGUCCCAAGCUAUGGCCCACCGUCUGUGGGCUGCAGCGAUUGUAACUUCAACCAACUUCCAGCAUUGCCCGAGCUGGUGUACCCGGCUGCACCAACCACAACCACAGAAGUUCCACCACCACCACCACCAUCACCCCCACUCGUAGAAGAUCUCCCAAGCGAAGCAGUCCCUUCGAACUGUCUGCCCGCCGAGCAUCGCGUGCGCCUAGAACAAGAAUCACCCGGCGGGGACAAUGGCGCCCUUGUCGAUCUACGACUCUCCCAGCGGUCCUCCUCGGACCGACUGCAACCCCGUGUACUCUCCACCCACUCGCAGGUAAUUCUCGUCCAAUCGAUGGCACCGCUGCCGGUGCUGAAGGCCAAGCAGGGUGGCCAGCAGCCCGCCAAGCAUGGCAGCCGUGGGUCGUUCAAGUUCACGCACAGCCGCAGGGAGCAGAAUCGUCAGGUGUGGAAUCCGAACGAUGAUACGGUGGUGGUGGUGCCGGCCGAAGACUCCCAGGGCCAGCUGUCUCAGAUCGUGGUCUGUACUGUGGACUGUAACGCGGUGGAGGAAAAGGUGAAGCCGCCAGAGACGCCCGCCAUGAUGAUUCCGAGCGAUGGUCGGUUGUGGUGAGUGGAGAUUUGUGGAGAUUGUGGGUUGGAG